AUUGACCGCCGUCGGUUCGUCUUAUUUUUUAAAACGUUCGAUUUAGUGGUUUUUCGUGUUUUAUUUUGUGAAAGUGAUUUAAUUCAUAUUUUCAAUAUAUUAAAAACCACGUACGUUUAAAAAGGCAGCCUUGGGGGCUCACACAAAUUAAUUGAAAAAUAAAAAUGUCAAAACGAGCAUUUGAUAACCCACCAUCAGAUGACUCUGACUUUGAUGAUGAUGAGGAUCCAGACAACUUGGAAGUACCAGGAGGUGGAAAAACUUUGGCUGCGGCAGCGCGCAUUGUAGACAAGAAACCAACGCCACCAGUCAUCAUCAGGCCUACCACUAAUCCCCUUGCUGCUCCAUCUGGAUUGGCUUUUGGUCAGGCGUCGAAUGUGAAACCCAUAAGGAUACCUGCUAACUCUCUCACUAAACCCAUAAGUCUGGGACUUGGAAGAGGAGCUGCGGGGAUGCCCGGUACGUCCACCUUCAAUGCGGCCUCGUUGCUCGCACAGAUGGAAAUGGCGGGAAUGCAAGGCAUGAAUGCUUAUCUGCUACAAAACUUGAACCAGAUAUUAACAUCUGGAAUGGGCGCUCCGUUGGCAAAUAUGCUAGGACUGGGAUCUCCUUGGUUAAAUAAACCUGCGUGGUCAAUGGAUAAGGGACCUGGAGGUGACGAAGAAGAAGUUGACGACGAAGAAAUGGGCGUUGCAGAGACUUACGCCGACUAUAUGCCUACUAAAUUGAAACUUGGCCGGAAGCAUCCGGAUCCAGUGGUCGAAACAGCGUCUCUGUCAUCCGUUGAGCCGGUAGACGUAACUUAUAAGCCACAGCUUCCCGAUGAGACGAUCCGUGGCGGUUUGUUAUCCGCUUUGCAACUUGAAGCGGUUGUGUAUGCGUCACAGGCACAGGAGCAUAUGCUUCCAGAUGGCACGCGUGCUGGGUUUCUUAUUGGUGAUGGUGCUGGUGUUGGAAAGGGUCGUACAAUAGCCGGAAUCAUAUUUGAAAAUUUUCUUCGUGGACGGAAACGAGCCAUUUGGGUAUCUGUAUCUAACGACCUCAAGUACGAUGCAGAAAGGGACCUUAGAGAUAUUGGUGCUUCCUUUAUUGAAGUGCACUCACUUAGUAAGUUCAAAUACGCUAAAAUAUCGUCCGGCAUAAACGGCAACGUGAAAAAGGGCGUGGUAUUUUGUACGUACUCGGCGCUUAUUGGAGAGACGCACGCGAACACCAAAUACCGCACUAGGCUAAAGCAGCUGUUGCAGUGGUGUGGGGAAGAUUUUGACGGACUUAUUGUAUUCGACGAAUGUCACAAGGCCAAGAAUCUCUGUCCCGUCGGGUCUGGUAAAGCGACCAAGACAGGUUUAACCGCGUUAGAGCUCCAGAAUAAAUUGCCCAAAGCCCGGGUGGUUUAUGCUUCGGCUACUGGGGCCUCAGAGCCGAGGAACAUGGCAUAUAUGGUCCGACUUGGCAUUUGGGGGGAGGGGACUCCGUUCCCUACCUUUAUGGACUUUAUCAACGCUGUUGAGAAACGCGGGGUGGGAGCUAUGGAGAUAGUGGCUAUGGACAUGAAAAUGAGGGGAAUGUAUAUCGCAAGGCAGCUGUCUUUUCACGGGGUGUCGUUCAAGAUUGAGGAGGUUCCGCUUUGCGAGUCUUUCAAGGAAACAUAUGAUAAGGCUGUGGCGUUGUGGGUGGAGGCAAUGCAACGUUUUACGGAGGCAGCAGAGCUGAUAGACGCCGAAGCCCGGAUGAAGAAAACAAUGUGGGGACAGUUCUGGUCGGCGCAUCAGAGGUUCUUCAAGUACCUGUGUAUUGCUUCUAAGGUGAACCACGCGGUGAUAACAGCCCGAGAAGCGGUUAAAUGCGGCAAAUGUGUGGUGAUCGGUCUUCAGUCAACUGGCGAAGCGCGUACGUUGGAGCAACUCGAACGAGACGAUGGUGAACUUAGCGAUUUCGUGUCAACUGCCAAAGGAGUGUUCCAAACAUUAGUUGAGAAACAUUUCCCGGCGCCGGAUCGAGAGCGAAUCAACAGGUUGCUGGGUUUAGAGCCAAAGAAAGCACCGCUUAUCACACUACCAGCGGUCACCAAUGGCAAGAAUGGUGUCGAUGAUGAUGCCAACACCUCCAAGAGAAAACUGACGUCACGGCAACAAGCGAACAUGGCGGCCAAGCGUGCUCGUGGCGGCUCAUCCAGCGAUGAAUUCUUCCGUGGGUCAGAAGACGAACUGGAGCUGGAACCAGAUUCGGAUGAAGAGAGACGCGUAUCAGACUCGGAUUUGAGUGACACCAAUCCUUUCCAGUUUAGUGGUAGCGACAAUGACGAUGAACCAUGGGUAAAUCGCAAAAAGAAACAAACGAAAAAGAAAAAAGUAGCAGCGAAGAAGAAAAACACGACACAAGACAAGAUUGAAACGAUGUUUGAGAAGAAAAACACAACGCCUACAGUCACAGUCAAAACUAAUAGUGGGCAGAGUCUUACCGGCACCCCCGUUGGCACCAACGGAUUAUAUCUAGGUCCAUCACGCAAAGUUGCGCCGCCACGUUCAGCAAUAGAGCGCGCUUGCAGUAUGAAAGAGGAAUUAUUAGCCAACAUCGAAAAGCUUGGACGACGUCUACCUCCCAAUACGCUCGAUCAAUUGGUUGACGAAUUGGGCGGCACCGAUAAUGUUGCUGAGAUGACGGGUCGAAAAGGGCGCGUGGUACAAACCGAGGAUGGUCAAAUAGUAUACGAAAGUCGGGCGGAGGCUGACAUACCCCUAGAAACUUUAAAUCUUGCUGAGAAAAAACGGUUUAUGGACGGAGAAAAGGAUGUGGCCAUCAUUUCUGAAGCUGCUUCUAGUGGUAUCUCGUUGCAGAGUGAUAGAAGGGCGAGAAAUCAAAGGAGAAGAGUACAUAUAACGCUAGAAUUACCAUGGUCAGCGGACAGAGCGAUACAACAGUUUGGUCGAACCCAUCGAUCGAACCAAGUGAAUGCGCCAGAGUACAUAUUCCUGAUAUCGGACUUGGCCGGUGAGCGUCGAUUCGCAUCAACCGUUGCUAAGCGACUGGAGUCACUCGGUGCGUUGACGCAUGGUGAUCGACGAGCCACGGAAACUAGAGAUCUGAGCCAAUUUAACAUUGACAAUAAAUAUGGUCGCACGGCCCUAGAAGCAGUGAUGAAGGCCAUAAUGAAGUACGAAAGUCCACUGGUGGCCCCGCCUACCGACUACCGCGGGGACUUCUUUCAGGAUCUCGCCUCGGCGCUCGUCGGAGUCGGGCUCAUUGUUAAUAGUGAACACCAGCCUGGGAUGCUGGCCUUGGAUAAGGACUACAACAACAUGUCGAAGUUCCUCAAUAGGAUACUGGGAAUGCCGGUGGAAUUGCAGAAUCGACUCUUCAAGUACUUUACGGACACACUCGCCGCUGUCAUGGAGCAAGCAAAACGCAGCGGUCGUUUCGACAUGGGUAUUUUGGAUCUCGGAAGUGCGAGCGAGUGCGUACGUCGCGUACGUUGUGUUACGUUCCUUAGGAAACACGCGACCGGUACUGCGCCCGUUGAGCUACAUACUGUUCUGUGCGAGCGUGGUAUGGACUGGUUCGAUGCGAUGGAAAAGAACGAAGAAUGUAUGGGAGCAGAGGGAUUCUAUCUAUCGCAACAGGCAAGAAAUGGAAAAUACACGGCUGUAUUAUGCAUUGCUGCUAACUCUAGCAGAGAUAGAAACCUCCCGGAGAAAGACAAGACUUAUCAGCUUUACAGACCAAACACAGGCCUACAAAUUAGAGUGGAGACGUUAGGUGAAAUACAAAAGAAGUACAAAAAAGUAAGCUCUGAAGAAGCCGAAGCUGCGUGGAAGGCACAACAUAGUGCUUCGCUACGGGUUUGCUCACACGCUUAUUGGAAGGCCGUCUGCAGAAACGCGGCUGACUGCGAGGUGGGUCUGCGCGUGCGCACAUACCACGUACUAGCAGGAUCGGUGCUGGCGGUGUGGGCGAGGGUCGAGGCAGCGCUGGCCGCACGCAGCCACCACCACAAGAUGCAGGUCGUCAGGCUCAAGACUGACGACGGUCUCAAGAUUGUUGGUACAUUAAUCCCAAAGAACUGUGUCGAGCACUUGAAGGAGACACUCACUUCAGACGCGGUCUCUGUCAAAGAGCAUAAGUUCGACACGGCUGAUAUGAAGUGAGCACACUUAUAGGUAAUAGACCCAUACAGUUCCUUUUCUACGGUUCGGGACCACGCGGUGUCUGCCACAGACUACAAUAUGAGAGUUGUCUGUGGUGAUUGGUCAGGCGUAAGCUUCGUCUAAUAUUAGAUGUAGAUUAUAUGCUCGGCAGUGAACUGAUAUAACUGUGGUAAUUAAUGGUCGAGCGUAGACUAUCUGUGGUUUCAAAUAGUAUACAGUUUUACAAGGUUUUUUGGCAAUUGACUUCUAAUAAGAGUAAAAUGAAUCAUAUUUUUUUUUAAUAAUUUUAUGGCCUGGUAACGAGACCUAUAAUUUUUUUUUAAAUAACGUAUAAACAAUCAUAAUUCAAUGUCAAAUACAUGCCAAUAAACUGGUAUGACUGCAAUUAGAUUUAGAUAUCAAUAAAUGUGUAUGCAUAGAUCUAUAAAAUUAUGAAUUUACACGAAUGUGAAAUUAUACAAUUGUCUAUGGAGCUUGUAGAGAAAUAAGUAGGCUGAUUUAUUAUGUAAUUGUUUAGAUUUAUUUUGUGUAUUGGACCUUUAUUGGACGCCUAUGCUCGACCUAAUACACUCAUGAAUUAAACAAUAUUAAUGAGUAGACGUAUACUCUGUAAUAUAUUAAGUUAGUUUGAACAUCUACGUUACACAGCUAAGAAGGCUGAAACUGAUUUUCAAUGUCCUAUUUAUAUUUCUUUGUUUUUAAUUUUUCACGUCGACUUUUGGUAUAUAGCAUAUGUACUACUCAUAUAAUAAAAACUUGACAACGUAAUAGUGAUAUAAAGUAAUAGUAAAUGUGCGUAAAAUUAAUACUAAAUGUUUAUCUGAACGCAUUGU